UCAACUCUUGCGCAGGCCGCGGGUCAGUGUUGCACCGAUCGUCGCCGUAGACGCACGCGCCGCGAUGGCUACCUCUAUCGAAACUAGUUUGAAGAACAAGAUCAAAGAUGCUGUGGAGAUCCCCAUCCUCACACGAUGCUGCUUCUGCUUCCCGCUACGGAAAGGACUCGUCGCGUUUGCCUACAUAAACUUGGUGCUCACAGUGGUCGUGACAUCGUUCCUCUCCCUCUACAUAUCGUACAUAAGGAACUCGACGGAGGCUGACCAGGCGGCUUUAGCCUCAGAGUUCGCGAGACUGAUCACCGAUGUGGUAGCUCUUCUCAUCGAAGUUAUUAUGACUGUGGUCUUCAUCAUCGCUUUACAUAAGAAACACGUGUUGCUGAUGAAAAUCUACUUGUACUUCGAGAUCGUGUAUUCCAUAUUCGCCUUCGUGUACAGCCUCGCCUUCCUCGUCAAGGAGACUGCCAGUGAGCUGUUCCUAGUACUAUUCCAAUUGACACUUCAAAUGUACCUGGUGAUCCUGAUCUGGAGCUCAAUAGUGAAGAUGGAGCGAGAUGGUUCAGUGAAGUACUCGCGAGAAAGAGAUCCCGCCUAAUUUACAAACUAAUUAAUUUAAAACUGACCAGCAACAUAAAAACUA